AUGUUUAAGAAUACGUCAGUGUAUCUCAUAUACGACAAUAGUUAUCGAUAUAUCGUCUAUGACUUUAAAGACUUGUCUAAACCUACUGUCACUUUAUCGGGAAUUACUUUUGUUAAAGAGAAAAAUCUGUGGUUUAUGGACGACCACACCUUCUUCACUGACGAUGACUUAACUUUGAAAGAUAUAAUGCAAGUGAAGACAUCCAUUAGGUAUCAAGAUACUUUAAUUCUGAUGUCUGAGAGCAAGUAUUGCAAAGUAGAUAUGAUCUUACAUUUCAAUAAAGAGUGCGAUACAAAUGCAAAUCUCAUUACCGAUCUAUUCAGUUGUCCACUUGAUUUGCUUCAGAGACCUACACUCACCCAAUCAACCACUGCUAAUAUUAUCAUCGAGACUAUCACUAAUGAUUGGAGUACUGAAGCAAAUUCAAGUUCUUCACCGAACUCGUUCAUAACACCAACAAAUGCAACAAAUAAUGACAAUCUAACUAAUGAGUCCAAGAAUAAUACAAAACCGAAGUUUACUAUCAUAUAUUUUAUCAUAUUUCUGGUGGUUGUCGUUACUAUCAUAGCGCUCGCAAAUACGGUCGCAUUCUUUGCUAUCUAUAGAAUGGGUGAUGAUAAAGAUGAGGCUAAAGAUGCUCAUAAAAUGGGUGAUAAUGACGAUAAGAUUAGAGAUGCGCCUAAAGUGUCCAAAGUGACCAUAGGAACAGAAUCAGUCAAGACAAUCAACUCAGAAACUGGAAGUAUUAUCCCGAGUCGUAAAGAACCUUCUCCAGUCAAUACUAUUAACACUCUUGAUUCAAGAAACCAGAGUGUGGUUACGGCCGGAAGACACCUGUCGUACGGCAUACCGGCGCUCAUCGACAACCAGUUUCUGUUUGCGCGGCAGAAGGAUGUGCUCGUCCUCUAUGCCACCCAACCCUAA